UAUCAGGAGAGCAAGGGAGCCAAAUCAGAGCUCCAUUCGGCUGCAGCUGCGAAAGAAAGAGGCAGGCAACCAUGGCGGGCACGGCAUCACCGGCCGCGGGUUACGGCUCCGACGGCGUGUAUCGUUCACCGCGCCCGGCGGCACACGACGCCUCCGACCCAGCGCUUUCCCUCUCCGACCUCGUCCUCCACCGCGCCGCCGCGUGCCCCUCCGCGCUCGCGCUCGUGGACGCCGCGACGGGCCGCGCGCUCACCUUCGAGGCCCUCCGCUCCGCGGUGCUCGCCACGGCCGCUGCGCUGUCCUCCCGCGCGCGCGUCCGCCGCGGCGACGUCGUGCUCCUCCUCGCGCCCAACUGCGUGCUCUACCCGGUCUGCUUCCUCGCCGUCACCGCGCUCGGCGCCGUCGCCACAACGGCCAACCCGCUCUAUACCCUGCGGGAGAUCGCCAAGCAGGUGGCCGACGCCCGCGCCAAGCUCGUCGUCACCGUCUCCAACCUCCUGCCCAAGAUCGCCGACCUCCGCCUCCCCGCCAUCCUCUUGGACAGCGAUGGCGCCUCCGCGCCUUCGAACUACGCCAGCAACGUCAUCCUCUACUCGGACCUCGUCGCCGGGGUGCAGGAGAUGGAGUACCGCCGGCCGCCGACCAGGCAGAGCGACAAGGCGGCGCUGUUCUACUCGUCGGGCACGACGGGGGUGAGCAAGGGCGUCGUGCUUAGCCACGGCAACUUCAUCGCGGCGGUGACGGCGGCGACGUCGGACCAGGACGAGCUCGGGGAGGAGCGCAACGUAUUCCUCUGCUUCCUGCCCAUGUUCCACAUCUACGGCAUGUCCAUUGUCACGCUCGGGCAGCUGCAGCGCGGCAACACCGUUGUCGUGAUGGCUCGGUUUGACCUGGACGCCGUGCUGGCCGCCGUGGAGCGCCACCGCGUCACCUACCUCUUCUGCGCGCCGCCGGUGAUGAUCGCGCUCGCCAGGCACGGGAGGGGGGGCAGGUACGACCUCAGCUCGCUCAGGUGCAUCAGCUCCGGCGGCGCGCCGCUCGGCAAGGACGUGAUGGAGGCCGUGGCCAACAAAUUCUCCGGCGCCGAGAUUAUCCAGGGUUAUGGUAUGACUGAAACCUGUGGGAUGAUAUCGCUGGAGUACCCACAAAAGGGACGUGCCCGUGAGUUUGGUUCAACUGGAGCACUUGUCAGUGGAGUGGAGGCAAAGAUUGUCGAUGCAAAGACAAUGAAGCAUCUGCCUCCGAAUCAGCUAGGAGAAAUCUGUAUUCGUGGACCAAGCGUAAUGCGAGGAUAUUUCAACAAUGUGCAAGCUACUGAGUUGAUAAUCAAGCAAGGGUGGUUGCAUACUGGUGACCUUGGAUACUUUGAUGAAAGAGGCCAGCUUUAUGUUGUCGAUAGACUUAAAGAGCUGAUUAAGUACAAAGGUUUCCAGCAGAUUGCUCCUGCUGAGCUUGAAGGAUUGCUUCUGUCUCAUCCAGAAAUUCUCGAUGCUGUUGUCAUCCCGUAUCCUGAUCCUGAGGCAGGUGAAGUUCCCAUUGCCUAUGUUGUACGAUCGCCUAACAGUUCACUGUCUGAAGUUGAUGUCCAGAAAUUUAUUGAAAGCAGGUCACGUACUACAAGAGAUUGAGGAAAGUUACGUUUGUGGACAGUGUACCGAAAUCUGCUUCAGGAAAAAUUUUGAGAAGAGUGCUCAUCGCCCAAGUCAGAUCAUCCAAGCUGUAGCAAAUUAAUCUUCUGAAUUUCAGAAGAGCGCUUGUCUCUAGGUUCUGCUAGAUGCAUGAUUGAAUAAUGGUUUGCCUGUUCCAAUCCCCAAAAUCCAUCAAAACAACUAUGAUCUGGACACGAUUUUAUUUAGUUUA